AUGGGUUACAGUAUUACAAUAAAACUAAUCAUUAUGCUGCCCUUAGUCUAUUCCCUUCAAGUUAGUUCAAAAACAAAGUCUACCAAAGCUCCCUUAAGGGAGGUUUUACCCACUAAUGCUACACUAAUUGCAAAUGUGACAGUGGCUCCUGUUCCGGCAAAACUAGCUGAAGUCCAUAUCGAUCAACAUAAAACGAUUCGAAUAAGUAAGGAUGAUCUGGACGAUCUCCUAGAUGUUUAUAUGGGUAAAAUAGCUGAGAGCGCCGCUACUAUUAAGGAUAAGGAAAAUGAGAUAAGCCAACUACAGACCAAGGAUCAAACGGAUGACGAGCUCCUCCAGAAGUUUGAGAAUCUCACGCAAGUGUGUAGUGCCCAGAACAUUUCACUCACGAAUGUAAUCAAGGAAAAAGAUGAAAAGAUCAAGGAACUAGAGCAAAAAGUGAAGAUAUAUGAAACGCGAAUGAAAAGAAAGCAGCACGUUUUGACAGAAUUGAGAAAGUUAAAUGAAUCUAGUGCUUUGCUAAUCGAUCAUUUCAAGGGAAAGGCUACCUACUUUGAAAGAAAGUUCCGGGAGAAGAAGGAUGACCUCCUGGCUGAUUGGGAGGCAGCAACUACAAGCUGUGUGCCCUUUGGUCGUUCCCCUGGAAUCCACUUAAUACACCUGCCAGGAUUCCUGCCCUUCUUGGUUCCCUGCGAGGGACAAACUGCCGCCGGACCCGGCUGGACUUCCAUUCAAAGAAGAUUGGAUGGUUCUGUGAACUUCUACCGGAACUGGGAUGCCUACAGCAAGGGUUUUGGCAAACUUAAUGGGGAAUUCUUCAUCGGUUUGGAGAAACUACACCGCAUGACUAAUUCCCAGCCUCAUGAGCUGUAUAUCAGCAUCAGGAGAUUCGAUGGCGAGACGAGCUAUGCCCACUACGACGACUUUCUUAUCGGCAGUGCAGAGGAAGGCUACGAAUUGAAGCUACUGGGUCACUAUCAGGGCAAUGCCAGCGAUGCGUUGCGCACCCACGACAAAAUGAAGUUCUCGACCUUCGACCGGGACAACGAUGCCUUCACGCACAUGAACUGUGCGGCUCAUCACCAGGGCGCCUGGUGGUAUGACUUCUGUUCAAGGAGCAAUUUAAAUGGCAGAUACUUCAAGGGGGAGGUGGAUAAUCCCCAGAGCAUCUACUGGGAGCCAUGGUACAGCUUUCGGUCUUUGAAGUCCGUUCAAAUGCUAAUACGGCCCAAAAGCCAAAUGGAGCUUAAGGACCUGCCCAAGGCGAAGCGACAUCCAAGAUAAUUACUAAUUAUUCGCGACAACUAAGAAAGGCCAUAAAAUUGAACUAUAUAAAUCUCACUUGGUUGGCAUACCUAUUAAUCUGUGUUACUUCACCCUUCGACACCCCCUUUCGACAGUUGAUUAGAUUUCGAUUUUGUUUACAGCCACGGUCUUUUGGCCAGUAAUUACUCCGUUACAGUUCAGUGGACGACGCUCUUGGGUGCUUUUUGUUUGGAUUGGCUUGGCUCGCACACAAGUCAUUGGGUGCAAUUAAUUUUCAUUUUCCGCCGUUCUCGUAAUUUGCUCUGUGUUGCAACAAUUUAAUGAAAUCUAAUUGAGUGUGUGCAUUGGGCCGAUAAAAAUGAAAUAACUCUGGGAGAUUCUUUCGACUCAUUCGUCACUUGCACUUUCAUCGUGGCGACUGACGACUGGAGCCGCUCAAUUGGAGUCAAUAAACGUUCGGCAAAUAAGCCAAAGGGGCGGUAUCUAAAUUAAUAUCGAUUCAGCGGAAGAUUUACGACUUCGGCAAAGAGUUAUUCAUACGUAUAGUACAUUCCAGUUUAUCAUGGAAAAUACUAAUUCGCACUGGUUGAAACCAGUUGCCGGCUCUUUCGACAUUCUAAAAUAUCUUUUUUAGUUGAUAAGACAGAAGUAAAUUUUACAAAUAAAUACAUUCAUUAAAUAUA